GUUCCGUCGGAGAUUGUUGCCCGUGGCAUCCUGGCCACUAAAGCCUACAACAGAGCCCUUUUAGAAGGAAAAACCUAUGUAAGAAGAGUGCCUGUCAUGAUAAUUGGACAAGAUCGGACAGGGAAGACCAGUCUGAAGAAGUCUCUAAAAGGGGAGACUUUCAAUCCAAAUGAAAAAAGCACAGUAGGAAUAGAGACGGAUCCGUCUUAUUUUAAGGUCUCGACAGACGUUUGGAGGACGGGAGUGAAAAGCAAAGGUACCAAACUAGAACAGACGUUUUCGUUUGAGCACCAGGCAGCCCAGAUGAUAUUUGACAGCUUAAGGAAUAGAAGUACAGACUACUCUGAAGCUAAAGAACUUGCAGAGAAACCAAACAUUAGCGGUUCGGAGUCACAGAUCGAUUUGAUGAACGUAGCAGAACGGUGUAAAGAACCAAGUGGUAGCAGGACAGAGUCAUCACUUCAAGAAUCAAAAGUAUUUGGGAAAGCCAAGGCCAAUUCAUCAGUUUCAGAGCUUUCAGAAGAACCUAACGCUUCUCGUAUCAAACCAGCGUUUCAAGAUCCCAAAGUUCUAGAGAAACCCAAAGCCAAUUAUGGAUCACAGAAAUCCAGCACAAGUGGGAUUGAGCCAUCACUUCAAGACUCUAAAGAUCAUCUGGUUGUGCCAAAUCUACCUGAAGACUUAGCGUCAUUGGUUCAGAAGUUGCUUGAAAAUAAUAAAGAGGCUGAAGAUCAAAAUGACAUCUAUUCCAUCCUGUGGGAUUUUGGAGGACAGUCUGUCUACUACGCCACCCACCCAAUUUUCUUGACAGAAAAAGCCAUCUACAUUUUGGUUUCCGACCUAAGUCGUGAUCCACACCAGAAAGAUAGCGUUCCAAUGAAGAAAGGAAUGUCGAGGAAUAUAAAAGACACAAGCUGUAGCAAAACCAAUCUCGACAAUCUUGAUUUUUGGAUGUCAUCAGUUUAUUCUUUGGUUAGUCCGGAUGCUGUCAGUCAGAAGGAUCUUCGCUCUGAAAAGUUACCUCCAGUGUUCUUGGUGUGUACGCAUGCUGACACGCCCUACUGCAGUGGGGACCCUGAAGUUCUUGCCAGGGAAACUUAUGGUUCUCUGAAAGACAAGAUUUAUGGAAAACUUCUUAAAGGCUUUUUUGUUGUAGAUAACACGAAGUCAGGAAGUGCCGAUGAGUGUCAAGGCGUAAAAAAACUAAGGGAAAAAGUACAUUUUGUAGCAAAGAAUCUUCCACAGAUGAACGAAGCCAUUCCUUUGAAGUGGUUAAAGUAUGAAAAGGUUCUCCGUCUGUUAAGCGAGGAAGGCUAUAAGUGGAUACCCAUUGAGAAAGCAAGACACAUUGCCUUAGAUGAGUGUGGAAUUAACGACGAUGAUCAGUUUCAAACACUAUUAAACUUUUUGCACGAUCAGAGAGUUUUGAUUCAUUUUAACGAAUCACAAGAAUUACGAAACAUGGUCAUUUUGAGCCCGCAAUGGCUCAUAGACAUGUUUAAGGAGGUAAUCACUGUCAGAAGUUGGGAGUUGGUGGAAGAAAGCGUUGAAGAUCUAUGGCGUAAUUUGGAGAAGAAUGGAAUCUUGGAUGAAAAGCUUUUAGAUAGUGCAUGGAGACACUUGUUUGUUAACCAAGAAACCUGCAAAAGUCUCGUUGCAAUAAUGGAGAGAUUUAGCUUGCUUUGUCCAUGGCCAUCGGAUUGUACCACCAAGCAGUACCUUGUGCCAUCCAUGUUAAAGUCUCCUCCAACAGCUGAUGUUCUUGAGCUCCUUGCCUCUGUACGAAUUCCUUCUCUUUUUGUGAGGUUUGAAUCUUGCAGAGUGCCCCCAGGCCUGUUUUCGAGACUUAUUUUGCUUUUUCACCACUGGGCCCAAGAUAAGUGGGGCAGACCAGUCAAACCUAAACUCUUCAAUAACUUUGCCUUGUUUCACAUCCGACCUCAUGAUGCCACUUCUGUCACUUUAUUGUGCCAUUCCUCCUCUAUCGAGAUCGUUUUGCACGUCAUGGGUGUGGCCCUCGAUGAAGUUUCAGACCUUAAGCUUGGCUAUGUAAGUGAUCUAGAUGCCAGCCGUCUGAGCCGUGAUAUUCACCGACAAUUGAGGUUACUUCUUGAAUGCAUGCGCAAGGAGUUUUCCUGGUUAAAGCACAUGAAAUACGAAACGUGUGUCUCUUGUCCUGUGUGUUCUCAAAGGGGAGGCUCCAAAUGCCGUGAUCAUGGUGUGCGAGGUUGCGAUUGUUUGCACCUGUUGUCAGAACUUGAGUUGCAAGACUAUCGCUAUUGCGACAGGCAUGUUGUUUGUGCAGAUUGCAGGAUUCACAAAGAGAUGUUCGUACAUUGGUUUGCAUUCUCAGAUGUGCAAGAAAGCAGGGUUACUCUUACUCAGGUUUGUUCUUGUAUAUUCUGAACAAGUCAUUCAUCCAAAUUGUAAUCCCUCACUAGGGUUAUUGAACCAUUAUAAUCCCGUCAGUGCCAAAAAACUGUCCGUAACUUCUUUUCGACAGUUACAUUCUUGCGCUUGCAAAAUUGCGCAAACUGCAACUCGUUUUAUAAAAAGCAAGAUAAAAAAGCAAUAGCAUUCAGGUGUACUUAGAAAAUAUCGACAUAAACACUCAAAUUUCUGCUUAAUUCUUGAAAAAACAGUCUGCUCAAAAUUGGAGCAACCGUUAAAUCCUUAGUUAUUUCUUCACAGAGGGUAGAUGUAACUGGACGCAACCAGAGUGGAAAAAACUUUGCAGUCUCUACGAGAGGUACCUCUUUUUUUUUUUACUUUUUCUUAUAAUACCACUAAUUACUAGUAUCACUGAUUAUUUUCAGUUUUGCCAUGGAUCACCGUUUCCCGUUUGCACAGGGACAGCACAACAGUUUUGAAAGAAGGGUGACUACAAUCCUCUCCUCUCCUCGAGCUCGUUACUAUCCCUUCCCUCUAAACAAGGUUACCUUUUUCGGUAGAAACAAAAUAAAAUGUCGUUGUAUUUAACGUCGCGCCUUUUCAAACCAAAAUAAAUUAUAUUUCAGCCCGAAUUUUUUUGUAAAUCGUGGGGUUCACGCAUUCUACGUCACAAAGCAGUAACAGAAUCACCUUGAUUGCUGUUUACGCUCGCAACGAUGUUUCAAACGUCGUUUUACUGCCGUGCCGAACUCAGUUGUUGGGAAAAAAAUUCGACUUAAGCAAGACAGUGGCACAACUUUUGAAUCAAAGUCGUGCUACUACCUAGUACUGAGCUUUGCCGUGCUACUUGUCAGUAGCAAGACUUUGCUACUGCCGUAGCGAACUCAAUUCAUACAUUAUAAAUACAUAUAUCUUAUUGGACGGUUUAGUGUGUAGUAUCGUGGGAUAUUUUAACGAGAUAAGAGUAAAAAUAUCCGAUACUACACACGAUACGACACACUAAACCGUCCAAUAAGAGAUUUAUCUGAUUCAACUCGAGGAAUGUAAAAUAUAACUCAGUUUAAAUGUGAACGCUUGCCUUAAUCUCAUACCCAGAUCUCUUCCUCAAUAAGAAAUCUGGGUACGAGUUAGUUUGCGAAGAGGCCUCUGACUCCUAGUCACGCAUUCAGCUUCAACAUAGGUGAUCGCCAGAGACGGGCUGUGAGCGGGGUUCAAAUUUGACACAAAAUAGUCAGGUAUUAAUCACAAGACUGUCACGAGAUAAAUCGGAAAAUUACUAGCUGGGAAUUUACUUGCCGGAAUAUUACUAGCUGUAAAACUACUAGUGACGAGCUCGUCCGGAAAAGUACUUAGCCUCGACUUCAUUUAAGGUUAGAGUACAGGACAAGCUGUGUUCCUCGAAAUCUUCCUUUUGGUCUCCAGACAUAACACGCUUUGUGAAUUUGACCCUCCUUCUCCCUUUCAUCGCCUCUUUCUUAAUGAUACUUUAUUUACUGUGCCUUUAUCUCGUGCCGUCAACUUUGCCAGAGCGUAAAAAAUCAAAUAAUCUGAGCUAAUUAAUUUGUUUGAAGAUGUUAUAUUUAAUCAAUAAACCGGCUAUCUUGCGUGGCCAAAAUUUUAUCCAAAUACUUCGUUGUCCCUUACCUUUAUUUCUUUAAGCGCUCUUGCAAACAAAGCUUGACUGAUGACCCGAAAUUUAGCUUAAGAUUGUCUUUAAGGGUAUAAGAAGCAAGCGAACAAAGAGGCAUAAUUGCUAUAUUUUUACAUAUCCUUGCAACAUUUACUGUGUGAAGAUAUUGUGAUUUGGUUCCUGUUUCUUGUUGUGGUACACUUUCCAGUGUAUGUAAUGCUCGUGAUUUUGCUCGUGACGUUGUGCCUCAGUAAAUAAAGGAACAAUCUUCGCUAAAAAGCAGAUUCCGAGUUCCAAUAACUGUCACUUUCAAAACGAGGCUUAGCUGUGAAAAUGAGUUUUAUAUUUGCAUGAGAAUAAAAAAUCAUUUUCAUAUCUAUGGCUUUGCAAUUACCCUCGCUUUGAAACAGAGGCUUGGAACAAAUCGGAAAGGGCCUAUUGAUGCCCUCUUCAGUGCUCACAGUAUCCCUGUAAUUAAUCCUCUCUGUUCUUUUUUCCAAACCAAAGAGCAAUCACUUGUUCUGCCUGGUGGUGUUCUAAAGGCCAUUCGUUCUCGAUCGUGUGAGGCAGUGGAUGUUGUGGCUCAAAUGCAAGAAAGUGUGGAAAAUCUACAGUUGAAGUCAACAGUACUGGUUGAUCUAGCGCCGGAGACCAAACAGUGGAUUCGUUGCCUUGCAAUCAACGCUAAAAAUGAAAACAGGAUGGACAUAGUUACCUACUUGAGGUCCAUUGCCCCCGCUGGAACUACCGGUGAGUUGGCAGUAAAAAUAAAAGUUCACCAUUUUCAUAUUGCUUAUUAUACACCUAGAUUACCCCCCACAAUUAUCUGUCUGGUCUUGUUUUUUUUGCUUUUACCGGGGCAGUGUUAGCUCAGUCGGUAGAGUGCGUGUGACCUCAGAGCGGGAGGUCGCGGGUUCGAUUCCGGGGGCUGGAACAAUACUCAGGGUCUUAAAAUAACCGAGAAAUGAAGGUACUCCCUUUGCACUGCAAGCGGCUAGACCUUCGCGUGACUCGGAUUACCACGUAAAAUGUCGGUCUCGGCUCUAGUAGGAGGUGUUAAAAUAGUGUCCCCAAUUAGUACUUUCGUGCUAAAUACAUUGACACUCAAAUAAAGUUCAUUUUUUUUUAACUUCAUGUUCCCCCCUCACUCCCCUCCCCUGGUAAAAUUAACAUUCCCGCCGAUUGACUAAAAUAAAAUGUUUGCUGGUUUGGGCUUAAUAUAAAACGCUUCACUUAUUAUUUCAACCUAAUAGUAAAAUGUGUGUUUCUGUUCAAUACACCAGGCCCGUUGUUGGCUGAAAACCUUGAUGUUCGGUGUAUCCCAUUUAAGCAGAGAAAGGACUUGACAAUCAAUCUCGGCGGUAAGUAAAAUAACAUACGAAUCAGCUUUGUGUUUGUUACCUGCUUUUUUCAGUAUAUUGGGGACAGUUGCGCGUGGACGCGUGGACAAGAGUAUCGUGGCCUCUUGAAAAGCGAUUUUCGACGUACUUGUUGCCUAAGUUUCCUACAAGGGGUUGGGGGGGGGGGGGGGUUGGGGCAUACAGGUUUCGUAAUUGAUGUUUCGUAAUUGAGAGGUGUAUGGAAAUAUUAAUGGUUUGCAAUAUCGUAAAAUAUUGCGAUAAAUAUAUAACAAUUAUUCACGGAAGUGGAGGUGGGUAAUAGGGAGAUUACCGAGGCCGCGAAGCGGCGAGGAAAAUAAUUACCACUAACCACCGACACUGAGGUGAAUAACUGUUUUAGUAUAUACUAAAACAGUAGGAUAAUUGAGCGCAAAAAUGAUUUUUAACUCAUUUACUGUUGCAAACGAUUACAAUUUUGGCGCGCGAUGACCGAACGGCCGCGGUCGUCGCUUUUUCUUGCCGACAAAUAAACUUUUGAAGGCAUUUGUUUAGCUCUUGCGGGGAAAUUUCUUCAAAAGGAGUUGUGAAUUCUUUUUGUAUUUAAAAUCAUUCGGUGAAAAAGACUAUUAAAUUUAGUUUUAAGCUUAUUGAUGAACAAGUCAACUGAAUAAAGUAACGCAAGACUUAAUCUUAAUUUGAUUUGUAAACAAACUUUUUCACCGGUUUUAUUGAUAAACUCAAGUCAAAAAGACAAAGCUUUGCCUGUUAAAACUUCCAAACCGAACUUCGUCACCUUCUUCGUGUAUUUCGGGAACAGCUUGCUUGAUUAGUUGUGAAAUUUCUUUGUUUGUUACAGCAGAAAACCGGGAAGGCAUUUUGCUCGCAACUUGCGCGAGUUUGGCGUCGCUCGCUCGGAGGAACUGGAGGUGGAUCAGUGGAUAGUGCAGGAUGUUCACUGAUUGAGUAGCCAAUCAGAGCGCGCGAAAAACACUAUCCACUGUUUUACUAAAUACUUUGAAAAAAAGUCAAAAUAUUGGUUAUUGUGAGAGAGAACGACGGGUUUUGGCGAUUUGGAGGGUCUUGGCGUCAAACGUUUAUAUUAAAGUGUUAUAUUAGAGCAUUCGAUUUCAGUUGACGCAAUUAAUUUCGCUUCAGGUGGAGACGAAUGGAAACUACUUGCAGAGAAGCUUGGCAUGUCUUACGACGAAAUCCGCUUCCUCGACAAAAGAACCUCAAACCCUUGCAACGUUGUUCUUGAUCUUGUGGCACAUUCUCGUCAUUUAAAUGUUGGAGAAGUGUAUGACAUUUUAGUGGAAUGUGAGCUUGCGGGAUCCGCAGACUUACUGUAA